AUGGAGACCCACAUGAAAAACAUUGUUAAUCUUGGUGAAGCAGAUGGUGGUAAGAGUGCCAGCAGCAGCUCUGAGGACAAGAUUUCAGAUGAUCAUGAAAUUCCCAGUGCCUGGUCCAACUACAAGAAUAUUGGCUGUCUCAUUUAUUGGAUUAAUGCAGUGCAUGUCUACCCAAAGAAAUCAAUGUUUCACCAAAAUAAAUACAAUGUGAAAACCAGUGCAAUAGAAGUGCCUAAAAUGAAACAAAUGCUACUUGACAAGUGGAUUACCAUUAGAAGCACCACAGUACUUGAAAGGCAGGGCCCAGAAUCCAGGGAACUAGCUAGCAAGAACACACCACCCACACCUCAAAUCGAGGAGGAUUUUUUACAGCUAACAAUAGUAGAUGUAAAAAAGAGGGCAGUUGUAAUAGAAGAAGCAGAAGAAGCAGAAGAAGCAGAAGAAGCAGAAGAAGCAGAAGAAGCAGAAGAAGCAGAAGAAGCAGAAGAAGCAGAAGAAGCAGAAGAAGCAGAAGAAGCAGAAGAAGCAGAAGAAGCAGAAGAAGCAGAAGAAGCAGAAGAAGCAGAAGAAGCAGAAGAAGCAGAAGAAGCAGAAGAAGCAGAAGAAGCAGAAGAAGCAGAAGAAGCAGAAGAAGAAGCAGAAGAAGAAGCAGAAGAAGAAGCAGAAGAAGAAGCAGAAGAAGAAGCAGAAGAAGAAGCAGAAGAAGAAGCAGAAGAAGAAGCAGAAGAAGAAGCAGAAGAAGAAGCAGAAGAAGAAGCAGAAGAAGAAGCAGAAGAAGAAGAAGCAGAAGAAGAAGAAGCAGAAGAAGAAGAAGCAGAAGAAGAAGAAGCAGAAGAAGAAGAAGCAGAAGAAGAAGAAGCAGAAGAAGAAGAAGCAGAAGAAGAAGAAGCAGAAGAAGAAGAAGCAGAAGAAGAAGAAGCAGAAGAAGAAGAAGCAGAAGAAGAAGAAGCAGAAGAAGAAGAAGCAGAAGAAGAAGAAGCAGAAGAAGAAGAAGCAGAAGAAGAAGAAGCAGAAGAAGAAGAAGCAGAAGAAGAAGAAGCAGAAGAAGAAGAAGCAGAAGAAGAAGAAGCAGAAGAAGAAGAAGCAGAAGAAGAAGAAGCAGAAGAAGAAGAAGCAGAAGAAGAAGAAGCAGAAGAAGAAGAAGCAGAAGAAGAAGAAGCAGAAGAAGAAGAAGCAGAAGAAGAAGAAGCAGAAGAAGAAGAAGCAGAAGAAGAAGAAGCAGAAGAAGAAGAAGCAGAAGAAGAAGAAGCAGAAGAAGAAGAAGCAGAAGAAGAAGAAGCAGAAGAAGAAGAAGCAGAAGAAGAAGAAGCAGAAGAAGAAGAAGCAGAAGAAGAAGAAGCAGAAGAAGAAGAAGCAGAAGAAGAAGAAGCAGAAGAAGAAGAAGCAGAAGAAGAAGAAGCAGAAGAAGAAGAAGCAGAAGAAGAAGAAGCAGAAGAAGAAGAAGCAGAAGAAGAAGAAGCAGAAGAAGAAGAAGCAGAAGAAGAAGAAGCAGAAGAAGAAGAAGCAGAAGAAGAAGAAGCAGAAGAAGAAGAAGCAGAAGAAGAAGAAGCAGAAGAAGAAGAAGCAGAAGAAGAAGAAGCAGAAGAAGAAGAAGCAGAAGAAGAAGAAGCAGAAGAAGAAGAAGCAGAAGAAGAAGAAGCAGAAGAAGAAGAAGCAGAAGAAGAAGAAGCAGAAGAAGAAGAAGCAGAAGAAGAAGAAGCAGAAGAAGAAGAAGCAGAAGAAGAAGAAGCAGAAGAAGAAGAAGCAGAAGAAGAAGAAGCAGAAGAAGAAGAAGCAGAAGAAGAAGAAGCAGAAGAAGAAGCAGAAGAAGAAGAAACCUAA